UAUCAUCACAGAAUCAAUCAGUGAUCAUCAAUUAAAUCAAUAAUUCUAAGUUAGUUAACUCGCGUUGCAAAAAGUGCGUUCGAGAAAUGAAGCAGCUCGUUUGUUACCUCAUACUUUGUGCGGUUUUAUGUGUCAAAGCAAGUGAUGUUGUGCACAAAACCAAGAACGACGCUGUUCCUUCGAGGGGUGGCACAAUGGGAAUUGGAUUUGAGCUAAUCCUAACCAAGCUCGAUUGGAUAGCAAACAAGUUACAGAAGUUGGAGAACAAGCUGGAGCGUAUGGAGCACCAGUUCAACGAACAUCAUUCCAGUCAGGAACACAUUAAUAAAAAAGUAUUUGCCGCAUUUGACAAGCUCGAAAAUCAGGUCACGUUCGAUUUAAGUGAAACGCAAAAUCGAACCCAAGAGAAGAUCUUGACAGCGCUUGAAAAUGUCGAAAAUCAAAUCGGACGUAAUCUUACCGAUUUCAAAAAAGGAAACCAAGAGCAGGUCCAUGCAGUAUUGCAUAAGAUGGAUCGAGACGUGGGACGCGUGCUACAAAACCAAGACACGUUUUCCUCGUGUAAGGAUGUACCUUCGAAUGUGUCGGGUACAUAUUGGAUUCAUCUAGAGCUUGAUAGUAAAACGUUUAAAGUGUAUUGUGAACAAGAAGCGCAUGAUGGUGGAUGGAUUGUUAUCCAACAUCGCUAUGACGGAUCACUGGACUUUUAUCGGAACUGGAACGAGUUCCGUGAUGGAUUUGGUGAUUUGAACAAAGAGUUCUGGCUAGGCCUUGAGAAAGUGUAUAGGAUAACGAAGCGAUGUAAGCAUGAAUUAUUUGUCGAAUUGAAGGAUUAUAAUGGAACGUACAAGUAUGCGCGUUAUGAUGCGUUCGAAGUAGGCAGUGAAGGCGAACAAUACAUCUUGAAGGCUGUUGGUAAGUGGAGAGGAACUACAGGUGAUGAAAUGCGUUAUCAUAAAGGGAAUAAAUUCUCGACCAAGGAUCGCGAUAAUGAUGAGAAUAGUGGGAAACACUGUGCUCAGUUCCGAGAAGGCGCUUGGUGGCAUUAUACAUGUUACGAUGUGAAUUUAAACGCAAGUGAUGUUGUGCACGAAACCAAAAACGCAACUCCUUCGACGGGGGGCACAAUGGGACUUGAGCUAAUCCUAACCAAGCUCGAUUUGAUGGCAAGCAAGUUACAGAAGGUGGAAAACAAGUUAGAAAGUUCCGAGAACAAGUUCGAUAGAAUGGAGAACAAGCUGGAGAAUAUGGAGAAGCAGCUCAACGAACAUCGAUCCAGUCUGGAUCACGUGAAAAAGGACAUCUUUGCAGCACUUGACAAGCUCGAAAAUCAGUUCGCGUUUAAAUUAAUCGAAACUCAAAAUCGAACUCAACAGAAGAUCUUGACAGCACUUCGAAAAGACUCGGUUAAAUUAAGCGAGUUCCAAAAUGGAAUCCAGGAGAAAGUCCAUCCAAUAUUGCAUAAACUAGAUCGAGACGUGGGACGCGUGCUACAGAACCAAUACAGUCAUUCGGCCUUUUCCUCGUGUAAGAAUGUACCUUCGAAUGUGUCGGGUACAUAUUGGAUCCAUCUAGAGCUUGAUAGUAAAACGUUUAAAGUGUAUUGUGAACAAGAAGCCCAUGAUGGUGGAUGGAUUGUUAUCCAGCACCGCUAUGACGGAUCACUGGACUUUUACCGGAACUGGAAUGAGUUCCGGGAUGGAUUUGGUGAUUUGAACAAAGAGUUCUGGCUAGGCCUUGAGAACAUACAUCAGAUAACGAAGCGACUUCUAAAGUUUAACAUACUCGAUUGUCUGCGGCGAUUAAUCAAUACGUGA